GGAUAUCUGUGCUGCAGCUGUGAGGAUUUAUUCUUCUAAACUGAAGAUCUGAUACUCGGGGUUGACAGAUUGCUUCAACCACCACUGUGAUGUAUCUAAACAACAGGACAGAGAUGCCUUCCCAUCCCAACGCAUCCGAGGGUAACUGGUCUGAUGAAGACGAUUAUGACUAUUAUUUUGAUGAACAUGCUGAGCUCAGGCAAUCACUCAACAUCAUGUCACUCAUAGUCUACUGUCUAGCCUUUGUGCUUGGAGUGGUUGGAAACGGCAUUGUGAUAUGGGUGUCUGGAUUCAAGAUGAAGAAGACGGUAAAUACAGUCUGGUUUCUCAACCUAGCAGUAGCAGACUUUCUCUUUACUGCGUUUUUGCCUCUCAGCGUGGCCUACACAGCCAUGGGUUUUCACUGGCCGUUCGGCCGCUUCAUGUGCAAGUUCAACAGCACUCUCGGUUUCCUCAACAUGUUUGCCAGCGUUUAUAUCCUGGUGGUCAUCAGUGUGGACCGGUGCAUAUCAGUGGUCCGUCCGAUAUGGGCACAAAACCACAGAAGUGUCAGUUGUGCCUCAGGGCUGAGCCUUGCUGUUUGGAUCUUUGCUUUACUUUUGAGCUCUCCGUACUUCGUUUUCAGAGACACUGCUCCAGACCGCAAUAAUCCGAAUGUAAUCAACUGCUUCAACAACUUUGCCUUUCCUGAUGAUUAUGAGAAUGAGGAGGUGAUGGAGCUCAGGGACUUACGACACCGGGCGAUGAUCAUCACACGUUUCUUGCUGGGUUUUGUGAUACCUUUUACCAUCAUUGUCUCCUGCUAUGCUGUCAUCAUUCAUCGCCUUAAAAGAAACCGUACAAUGUCAGGCCGUACAGGGCGCCCCUUCAAGAUCAUCGCUGCUGUAAUAACCGCUUUUUUUCUGUGCUGGGCUCCCUACCACAUCCUGAUUUUGAUCGAGAUGGCUAACCACAUGCUUCCUGAGAAUAACUCCACCCUGGAAACUGUGACCACUAUUGGCAUUCCCAUAGCCACCAGUUUGGCUUUUCUUAACAGCUGCUUGAAUCCAUUACUGUAUGUGUUUAUUGGUCAGGAUUUUAAAGACAAGGUGCGGAAGUCAAUCCUGAAAGUGCUGGAGAAUGCAUUCACAGAAGAGGUAUCACGCACCAAUACCUGUACAAACUCAAUGCUCAAUAGCCGCAGCAAGGACCAAGGGAGUAAGUCCUUCUCUGAUGCAGAGCUGUAA